AUGGAUACCUCGAAGGUCCUUUUGAUUCUCAUUUCCCUUGCAAUCCUCCUCCAAAGUUUAGAACUUGCUGAUGCCUCUGUCAAAGACGAAUGCAAGAUUGUGGCAGCUGCAGAUCCGAACGUGGACUACAACUUCUGUGUAAUGUCUCUCCAGGCCGAUCCGAGGAGUGGAUCAGCCGACGCGAAGGAGCUGGCCAUCAUCGCUGCCAACUUGACGGUGGCCAAUGCCACGAGCACCCUGUCCAAGAUUGAGAAGCUGGUAGGAGACAGCAAAAUUGAUUCAGAGACAAAGGGUUUGUUGAACCAAUGCUCGAGCUUCUACAAGGAUGUGGUCACGGCAGCUUCGGGCGCCAUUAAAGCCAUCAGUUCAGGGAGCAUGGGUGAUGCAAAGAAGCAACUGACCGAGGCCAGCGACAAUCCUCAGGACUGUGAUAAUCUUCUAUUUGAGGCCGGAAAGAACUAUCUGCUAACAAAGGAGGACAAUGACUGUACGAACCUGGCGAGCAUUGCUCAACACAUAGUCGCUAAGUUGCAGUGA